AUGGUUGUGAUCAAGAACGUUUUGGGAAUUACAACAUUGGUAUGGGCCACUGAAAUUUCGACCGCAACCGCAUAUGCGAUAAUUGUGGGGGCGACAUCGAGCAGAAAGGGAUCCGUACGAGGGUCGCGAGUCGGGAGACGGAAGGCGGCAUUGGUGACCGGCUCACCGGAAGUCCCCUCGCGAUUUUAUCGUCACGAAUCUCCAUUGGACCAACCGCUUGUUGCUGUCCCGUGCAGCCCGGCUUGUGUCGGCACUUGUAUGCCUGACACUUCUACAGCCGGCGCCAACCACUCUUUUCUGAACUCGCGAAUUCUUGAGCAAGGGCCAAGGACGCAUGAGCCCCUAGCCGAAUCUCCUUUGGCACAGUUACUGGUAUUACCCCGGCGCUCCUCGAGUGCUCCAUCUACCCUAAUGAUGGACCUGGAACUUACAUUGGGACGAGCAUCAAUGAUAGCAGCUUUCAUCCUUUUCCUUGUCGAAGUCGCGACAGGUUUGAGUCUACCCGAGCAGCUAGCGUGUCUCGUGACAGUGCAUUCUUAA